UUCUGAUACUUGAUUUUCUCUUGAUACAUCUUUCAGUGUUGGGUCAUUUUCUUUUCAGUUUUCUGAUUAGGUUUUAUUUUGUUUUCAGUCCUAGCCUUUGGGAUCCUUCAUUUGUGAUUUUACUUCUGUCUUGUUGCCAGUUCUCUGGCUGAGUAUAGUAUAUUGCGUCAUGGGCGGACUUAAGGAAGACAUAGCAUUUGACCCGCCUUGCCAUCCACGAGCUUGUGCCAUACAAGCAUGCCUCACGAAGAACUCAUACCAGGAAGAGAAAUGUCAAUCCCAGAUCAAUGCUCUUUAUGAAUGUUGCAAUGCCUUCUACCAGGCGCGAGGGGAGGACGCAAAGACUCCAAGUUGUCCUAAGCCCAACUUGCUGCGUCUGAAGAUGAAGCAACGGGGCAUGGAGCCUUAGCUUGCCUUGCAGAGAAUUUCGUGUCUCAUCAGAGUUCUACGGACCGUGUACAUACUACCAAUUAUACUUUGUCGACAAUAG